AUGGGGCUGGAGAUGGAGCCUCUGCUGCAGGCCUGGAGCUGCUUCCGGCGGAGGAAGUUCGAGAAAUGUUCCCAGCUGUGUGGCCGCAUCCUGGAGAGGGAACCCUAUGAUCAGGUACGCCGAGGCCUCUCUAUAUCUCCUGCAGCGUGGAGUCUGAAGACCCGGGCCCUGACAGAAAUGGUUUACGUGGAUGAGAUUGACGUUGACCAGGAAGGAAUCGCUGAAAUAACUCUGGAUGAAAACUCUAUUGCACAAGUCGCACGUCCUGGGACCAGCCUCAGACAGGCAACAGCAAAGAAAUUCGAGGGGCCAAGCCCAGCGGUCAGACCCGUCACCCAAUCUGGCAGGCCCAUGACAGGCUUUGUGCGACCUGGUACACAGUCUGGUCGACCAGGCACUAUGGAACAAGCGAUCAGGACCCCCCGAACUGCAAAUACUGCUCGACCAAUCACCAGUGCUUCUGGAAGGCAUGUCCGCCUCGGAACGGCUUCAAUGUUGACCAAUCCAGAUGGACCUUUUAUCAACCUAUCCAGAUUAAAUUUGUCUAAGUAUGCACAGAGUCCCAACCUGGCAAAGACGCUGUUUGAAUACAUCUUCCACCAUGAAAAUGAUGUGAAAAAUGCUCUGGAGCUGGCUGCUCUGGCCACUGAACACGCUCAGUUCAAGGACUGGUGGUGGAAGGUUCAGCUGGGAAAGUGUUAUUACAGGCUGGGGCUGUUCCGUGAAGCAGAGAAUCAGUUUAAAUCGGCUCUCGUACAUCAGGAUGUGGUGGAUACGCUUCUGUACCUGGGAAAGGUGUACGUACGGAUGGACCAACCUCUGACCGCUCUGUCCCUUUUUAAACAAGGGUUAGACCGCUUUCCAAAGGAAGUGACCCUCCUGUGUGCGGUGGCACGGAUCCACGAGGAAAUGAAUAACUUGACUUCAUCUGCUGAAUACUACAAGGAGGUCCUCAAACAAGACAACACCCACGUGGAAGCCAUUGCAUGUAUUGGAAGCAGCCAUUUCUACACGGACCAGCCAGAGAUCGCUCUGCGAUUUUACAGGCGCCUCCUUCAGAUGGGAGUCUAUAACUGCCAGUUGUUUAACAACCUGGGCCUGUGCUGCUUCUACGCUCAACAGUAUGACAUGAUCCUGACCUCAUUCGAGAGAGCUCUGUCCCUGGCUGAGAAUGACGAGGAGGUGGCAGAAGUUUGGUACAACCUGGGGCAUGUUGCUGUGGGGAUCAGUGACCUUAAUUUGGCAUAUCAGUGCUUCAAGCUGAGUCUGGCCAACAACAACGAUCACUCAGAGGCUUAUAAUAACCUGGCUGUCUUGGAGAUGCGCAAAAAUCGUUUUGAGCAGGCCCGAGCUCUACUGCAGACCUCCGCAGCCCUGGCCCCUCACAUGUAUGAGCCACAUUUCAACUUUGCUUCCCUCUCGGACAAUGUCGGAGACCUCCAGAGCAGCUAUGUGGCCGCGCAGAAGUCAGAAGCCGCUUUUCCUGAUCACGUGGAGACCCAGCAGCUCCUCGAGAAGCUGAGACAGCUUUUUGCCGUGGUGUGA